UUGAAUUGUGGGAUUGAAUUCCGUACACAUGAAAACAUAGCGUCGAAGAAUAAAGUCGAAAAUAGUGUAUUAUUUAAUUUUCUGAUUGCAAAAUGAUAAAUUGAACAGUUAUUUCUUAACAGUACAACAAAUUGUGGAAAAUUAUCAAUAUGGAUCCAAAGAUAGCGAAGAAAACUCAGGAUACACUGGGAAAAUUCAUCAAGAAACCGCCGUUGACGGAAAAACUUCUGACAAAACCACCGUUUCGGUUUUUGCACGAUGUUAUGACAUCUAUAAUUAAAACAACCGGAGUCAUGAAGGGUCUGUUUACAGAGUCUGAGAUGAAUUCAGAAAAUGUAAAGGACAGAGAUAGCAAAAUAGCAUUUUUACAGAAAGCAGUUGAUUAUGUCAAUGCAGCUAGUUCUAAACAGUUAACUGUGAAACCUGCAAAAGUUGUGGCUGGCCAUGAACCAGAAAAAACAAAUGAAUUUCUUCAGGCAUUAGCUCAGGCAAUUAGCUCAAAAGUAAACAAUGAAGAAGUACUGGAUUCAAUGAAUAACAAAGGUAAAUCAAGUAAGAAGGAAGAAAAAGAGGAGAAACCAAGAGAGAGAGAAAAGAGUAGUGACAGAAGAAAAAAGGAUGAGGAUAAAAGAAGUCGAGACCGAGGCGAAGAAAAAGAAAGAAGCAGAGAUCGUGAAGACAGACACAAAGAGCGCAGUAAAGAUCGUGAUGAAAGACACAAGGACAGAGAUGAGAAGCAUAAAGACAGAGAACACAGAGAUAGAGAGAAGGACAGGGAGCGAGAGGGAAGACAUAAAUCUGGAAGGUCUAGGCACAAGAAAUUGAAAGAGAAUGAAGAAGCUUUUGAUAGAGAUCUGGGUUAUCGUUACACACCAGAUGACAUAGACUCGGAUGUACUUCUCUCAGAUGGAGAGUUUGAUACUCUAACUGGAACAGGAAAUGCUACAUACGUCGUUGACCCAUCACAAGAAUACAGGGAUCAGAGUCCAGAAAGACCACAGAUGUAUAGACCAAUUCCCAGACAGGUGUCGACCUAUCAGGAGAUGAAAAGAGGAGAGGAUUCUCAUGAAGAAGGUGACCUUGAUGUGGACUUGGAAGAUACUGAUAUACAGCUUUAUGGUAGGGAAAGUGGACACAAGAUUGAGAGACCCAAGGCUGCUCGUCCAAGACGGGGUAGGGCAAUGACACCAUGUAAUGGGAAAGGUUACGAAAUACCCAAUGAAGAACCUCGCACCCCCUAUGUCUCUGAAGAUAACUCCUAUCCACGCAACGAAAUGGAUAAAGAUAACGAGUUUGAUGAUGAAAUGGAUGCAGUAGUAGAGACAAGUAAACCUAAAAAGAAGAAGAGGAUAAAGUCGGGGAAGGGUGAAGACAGUCAACCAGUUACAUAUUCUGGGAAAGGAAAACUAAAACCAGGAGUAUACCCUAAAACAAGCACACCCAACAGCUCUCCUCAGUCACCAAAAAAAGAUAGUAAACCGAAACCGUAUGUGAAUAAAAUUACAGACAAAGGAAAAUCACCAUCUCAUAGAAUUAAAGAUUCUGAAUUGGACGUCAUUAAACAAAGUUCGAACACAAGUAAACUGACAGAUAAAAGAUUGCCAAAGAAAGUUAUGCCAAUAAAUAGAAUAGAAAAGAAAGUUGUUGCUAAUCAAACACAGUCGGGAAGCAGGAGGGAAAAUCGUACAGAACAAAGUUUGAAAAAGAUGGCAGAUGCCAAGAAACAAUCGUCUAAAGAUAAAAUCCAGAAAAAAAUGGCAAGAAACGAUUUUGAAAUGAUGGAGAGACAAGACUUAGAAACUGGAAGUAUGAGGAGAAACAAGAAAGAAAAGAGACAGAAUGAUAUUUAUAGUGAAAACAGACGUAGAUCCAGGGACCUUGGCAGUGAUGAUAGCCCGAUUGACCAAAGUCCAAAAAAGUCCAAGGAUAAAAUUAAGUACAAAAAUGAUGACUAUGCGCAUGAAAAAAUAAAAUCUCACACAGAAGCAUACUACAAGAAAAAGCAGCCACAUAGUGUUGGUGAUAGAAGGAAGAGGAGCAGUUUUACAUCAAUGUUGGACAACAAACAGCAGAGAAGAGAAGAAGAUGGCAAAGAGAAUGAUGCUCCGAAAGAAAAUAUGGUGAAUGGAGACCAUAAACCUAGUGAUGCACCUGCUAAAAUGCAGAGGCCGUCAUCGGCAAAGGGGUCUCGGAGAAGAAUGGAAGCUCCAGUGACUUUUACAGAAGGGGGCAAUUUAAGCAGUGACGAAGAUGUACCUGUACAGCGACAAGAACCAACUCUUGGAGAUGAUGAUUUGCCUCCACAAGUUACUGGUCGGUUAGCACGACCAAGCAGUGCAAGACCAGCUCCACCAAAGAGAAAGGAAGACACAGUAAACAAUGAACCGGCUAUGAGAUUAGGGAGUGGUAAGCCUCAGAACCUAAUUCUGGAUGAUGGCAAGGAUUCUGAUGAAGAUGAAACAUUUGUUGUGGAAGACGCACAACCUCAACAUGAAGAACCCCUAGAACAGCCAACUGCACCCCUGGUAGAUGAUGAUGAUGAAGAUCAUGGGGGCCUUGUGAAAAAGAUUAUGGAGUCAAAGAAAGAGUAUGAACAACCAAGAGAAACCAAAAUUGAUAGACCAACUCUAUCUGAUGCUCAACGGCGUAAACAACGUGAGGCAGUACAGCGUGAAAUAGAUAAACUCAGGGGAAGUAUUCAAACACUAACACGGAGUGCAAAUCCACUCGGUAAAAUUAUGGACUAUGUUCAAGAAGAUUUAGAUUCAAUGCAGAAAGAAUUAGAAAAAUGGAAAGAAGAAAAUAAAGAACAUGGGUUAGCAUUAAAAAGAGAAAAAGCUAUAACAGAGAGAGCAGUUGAACCAUUGAGGGUACAGUUAUCUGAGGUAGACCAGGCCAUAAAGGAUCAGUUAGAUCUAAUUGGUGCUGUUAAAUCAAACAUCAUCAGAAACGACCAGAAAAUUGAGAAAAUGUUACGGACAAUAGCAAAGUCAUGAAAUCCUUCUAUCUUAGUGUUAAACUGUAAAGCUUAUGCAUUUCUUACUGUUGGAAUAUCUUCAAUCAUUCAUCUUAAAAAAAAGAAGGGUUUUGUAGCUCUUUUGAAAACAUGCCACAAGAGGGGUCUAACCUUUCAAGGGAGCCUACUCUGAAUGUUCAACACUUAUAGCAGUUUAAUAAAGCAGUUGACUGUUUGAAAAUUGCAAUCUUAACGAGAGAACAGUGGAAUAUGUUUUUGUAGUAUUUAAUUUUGCAGGAAAAUAAUAUAUUAACUAUUUGUAAAUCUAUGGUAGGAAAUGCUUCGCUAUGGGGCUGCAUAAAUUAAGUUACAUAAAUUGGCAACCAUUUGCUAUAUAAAAAUGCUAGUUUUGAAUUCUUUCAGCAUGAUAACUAAUAGCUUUAAAAUCAAUGAUCUGGUUUUUCCCUUGGGUUUUUGCUUUAAUUGGGUGAUAACCUUUCUCAGACAUAUUAAAGUAGAAUUAAGUUUAAACAGUAUUUCUCAAAUCAAAUGCUGAAAUGCAGCAAGUUAUUUAUGUAAAGUGACAUUUGAAGAAAAAAGAAAUUAUGCGCCCUUUAUAUAGCAAUUUGGAACAGAAAAUGCAGAAAGCAGUUAAGGAUUGGAGUUCAAGAGCUGAGAAGCUGCUGAAGUGUAAGAAAGAGUGACAAGGAAUGUAUCUUUAAGAUAUUGUUUAUUUUAUGGUCAGGCUUGCACUUUUUACAUCUUUAUUAUGGAACCUGAACUCCGAUCUCUAUAUAUAAACAAUUACAGUGCACUCGCACUGAGGCAAGUAUAAGGAAGGUAGUAUGUAGGAAAAAUUUUAUUGUCUUUUAAGUUUUUGCUUUUCCAAGUUCAUUAUUCAGUUUAAUAUUCAUUAUUAUCUUACAAAUUCAAUCUUCCUUUCUGUGAUUUGUAAAAAGUGGUAAAUGUUAGAGGUCUCAAAAUAUCAGAUUGUCAUAGUCUCACCCUUGAGACAGAGCAUUCUGAACAUAAAACAGUGUGAAAUUAUCUUAUCUUACAUCACUUGUCCUAGACCAGUCACUCUUAUAUUUAAUUUAACUUCAUUUUUAGAUAGUUUGACUGGAUUAUUUAUGCUUUGUUGAUGCUAAAGUUAGUUCAAUCUAUCAUACACUGUCUCUUAGCCAUCUUGUUUAGAAAAAAAACAUCUACUGGUAGACUUGGUGACAUCAGAACGGGCUGGUUAUAUGUUUCCAGUGAUGGAUAAUUAGUUACAUAAAAUGGUCAAAAUAGUGAGAAAAUAAAGCAUCCCCACCAGUUAAAUUGUGGUAAUUAAAAAAUGUGUCAAAAAACUUCAUAGAACCUAGUUUGAGAUUCCCUUAUUCACAAGUAAAGGGAUAGUAGAUUCAUUUUAUCCAAGAUUUUCAUCUUCUUUCCUGUAAAAUUUUCAUUUUCAAAAGUGAGAAGAAACUUUUUAUUGCUUAUGUGUAAUGUUGUGUUACAAAUACAUAUCAGUUGUUUCCAUUGAUAUUUUGCAUUUCAAGAUAAGAUUUAGCAUAGACUAUGUUUACUACUGGAAAUUUUAUAAUGAAGGUUGUUUAAUUGAAAUGUUCCAUGUUUUAGCAUUGGCUGUGAUGAAACAUUGAUACAUAUCAUGGAAUAUGUUACAUUAGUCAGUAGUUCAGGGCCUUUGUUUCACUUUCAGGAGCACACCUUGAAAUUUAUGUCAAUUUCUAGCUUACCUGAGCACAAGGUGAGCUGUUGUGAUUGCCCUAUGUCUGUGUUGUCAAUAUUUGAUUGUUAACACUCUAGAAGUCACAGUUUUGGCCCAGUCUUAAUAAGACAUGAUCAGAAUAUUACCUACAAUAAAAAUCUAGGACAGAAAUGUUUUUGAGUCAUCUAGGGUCCAUGAAAUCUAGUAUGAAUAAGUUCACAAAAAUGGUCCAAUAGUGACCCUGUAAUAAUAUAAAUUUGUAAGAAUAAUCCAUUUUGUCAAAACUUGGCCAUUUGUGACUCUCUACCAAAAUUGUUCCAGCAAUCUGUGAAACUUGGAUAUUAGCAAGUUAGGGCCAUCAUGACCUCAUGUUUUUGAAUUUGAAGAUUAGAAGAUACUGUUAUUUAUUAUUUUAGUGGCUAAAAGUAGUGAGUUAGUAUAGAAAUUUGUUAUCUGUGGAAUGUGGAGAAAGAAGGCUGUCUGUACUGUGCUAGUCACAAUUUUAUGAUAUAUGAAUUAAUGUUGUACGUGUAUCAUUCUUAUAAAAUGUCAGCUUGAUUGAUACUGAUUUAUAAAGUUUGAUAGUUAGUUGAGGAUGCUACCUGUUUUAACAAUGUUGGUAUUUUCUUGUACAUUUGGAGGCAUGCCCCUUUAAAAAGUUUAUGAUCGGGCAAGGAAUGGAGUUAUGCUGACAAAAAAUUAAUGCAUGUUAUGAACCAUUUAUUCUAUUAAUAUUACUAUUAAAUGCUGUUAUGAAAGUAUUGCAAAAUGCUGUAUAUUUCACUGAACGUAUGAAUUUAGUAAUGUAUGCUUAAUAUGCAUUGAACUUACUACUGUACAGUAAACAAUACAUGACAUUUUGUACAGAGGUUAAGAAAACAACACUGCACAGUGAUUUUGAAUUCAUUUUGAAUGAGCUUUAAACUCUUCUCUUAAUACCAUUGGUACUUUCAUUUGAAAAGUAUUAGUUAUAUUAUGCAUCAUAUUAUAUUUGUAUUAUCCUCACUCACACACAUACGUAUAUACACACACACACAAGGCGUUUUGUGUUCAGAUCAUGCCCUGUCUCAUAUAUUGUGCUAUCAUUAUGUUUAUAAAUGGCGAAUUCAACCUAAUCAGGGAAAAAAUGUUCCUGAGGUAAAAUGGUAAUAUAACAAAAAUCAACAGAUAUUUAAUGAGGAGAAAAUACUGUUUAAUCAUCAUGUAAUAACAUCAGUUUAAGAAAACUGUGUUUACUAGCAGUGUUCAAAUGAUAGCAUGUGGAAUUCAGUUAAAAAUUACAACCCUCUUGCCCAUUGAUUGUAAUUCUGAUUGUAAUUACUACAGUUGAUGAAUAAAUGAUAUUAGUUUAGAACUGAAAUAAUCCUCGUGCAUAUAAGAUUUAGAAACAUGUAUGAGGUACAUUCUUUACUUGAUUUAGUUGAGUUGUUUCAGUGUAUGACUACCUGGAUACACGAUAUAUGAAGUAAGGGAAGGUACACAACUCUUUAUGGCUUCUCUUGAAUGCAGUUAUAGGUGUUAAAGAGUUAUCUCUCAUGGACCAGUGAUUUGUUUUCAAAUAUCCGAAAUAAUAUUAAGAAAUAUAAUACUUUGUCAAUUUUGUUGUGGGGUGGGAGUUUGAGAUAUUUUAGGAGAGAAAAUUCAGAAUUUUAAAACUUGAAGGAAUAAUGCUACUGCUAUUUAGACAUUGUCUUGAACACAGCUUCCUGAAAUCUUGAUACAUUUAUUCUGAAUGUUUGUUGUAAACAGUGUAAAGUGGUAACUACACUCAGGCACAUAGAAUGGUAGAGAAUCUCAUUCUGAUUUUAUGCUCAACAUGUACUAUAUUUUUCUAAUUUUGAUUUUUACAUGUAAAUUUUGGACUGUCCCCUUGAAAUGAAAAUGAAUGAAUUCCAUUAUAAUGCAGGAUACUCAUGACAAAGGCAUAAUUACUUCUUUAUCCUGCCAUAUUUUAGACAAUAUGAUAAAUGUGGCUUGAUAUGUGACAGUAUCUCAGAAAUAAUUCAGUAUCUACCACUCAGUUUUAUUUUAGAUGAUACUUGCAUGUUUAUAACAAGUAAAACAUUCAGGUCCAUCGUUUAUAUGACUGAAAAAUUGUUGAAAAAGACGUUAAACCCAAACACACACACACAAAACAUUCAGGUGUAUUUUGUUAGUUUUUAAAAAUGGAUAGAAGCUUUAAAUUGAUUAAAAUGAUGUUAUAACAUAAAUGGAUUUUGAUAAAAUUUCAGUAUGUGAUUGACAACUUAUUUUUUUUAAAUGUACAAGAAAUGUCAUAAACUUGUACUAGUUGUAGUAUGAAGGAUAUUGCAAAAAAAUAUUGAGGGGGUGUAAGAAAUUUUGGUUAGUUAUUUGAAAGGGCACUGGUAUCAAGUGGACACAUUUUGAAUGUUUAUCAUUCAAUUAUUUUUUCCUAAGUAAAAAAACAAUGCUGUCAAUAAAGGAUUUUAUUUUUAGCUCACCUGUCACAUAGUGACAAGGUGAGCUUUUGUGAUCACCCUUCGUCCGUCAUCCGUCGUGCGUCCGUGCAUGCGUCAACAAUUUCAUGUCUGCACGAUAGUGGUUUCAUUUAUGAUUUUAUUUUAACCAAACUUGCACACAACUUGUAUCACCAUGAGAUCACGUUUCCUUUCUUGAACUAGCCAGAUCCCGUUAUGGGUUCCAGAGUUAUGGCCCCUGAAAGGGCCAAAAUUAGCUAUUUUGACCUUGUCUGCACAAUAGCAGCUUUAUUUAUGAUUUGUUUUUUACCAAACUUGCACACAACUUGUAUCACCAUAAGAUCUCGGUUCCUUUCUUGAACUGGCCAGAUCCCAUGAUGGGUUCCAGAGUUAUGGCCCCUGAUAGGGCCAAAAUAAGCUAUUUUGACCUUGUCUGCACAAAAGCAGCUUCAUUUAUGAUUUGAAUUUAAUCAAACUUGCACAAAACUUGUGUCACCAUAAUAUCUCGAUUCUUUUCUUGAACCAGCCAGAUCCCAUAAUGGGUUUAAGAGUUAUGGCCCCUGAAAGGGCCAAAAUUAGCCAUUUUGACCUUGUCUGCACAAUAGCAGCUUCAUUUAUGAUUUGAUUUUAUCCAAACUUGCACACAACUUGUAUCACCACAAGAUCUUACUUCCUUUCUUCAACUGGCCAGAUUCCAUCAUGGGUUCCAGAGUUAUGGCCCCUUAAAGGUCCAGAAUUGGCUAUUUUGGCUUUUGCAGCCAUAUAGAGACUUCAUUUAUGGUUUUAUUUGAUACAAUCUUCCAAAAUAUCUUCAACAACAAUAAAUCUUGGAUUCCAUGACAAAUCAGAUCCAAUCAUAGGUUCCAGUUAUUUUAUAUCUGAUUACCUCCCCUGAUUGUAAUCAAAAUGGAUUUAUAUAAGUAAGUACUUACAGGACUUAUUUGAAAUUUCAUUAUUGUUAUUAGUUGGACUGAGACAAUCAGGGUAGAUAACUAUGGACUGAUUUUAUGUCAAAUUACCUCCCUUUAUUUCAAAUUAAAAUUGUUAUAUCUCCAUAACUAAUGAAGAUACUGAUCUGAAAUUUCAUUUAUGUCAACAGAUUUAUUUGGUAGAUCCUUCUUUUGUCCAUAUACAAUAUUUUUUUUUAUUACUUCCCUUUUAGGUUACUAUAAAUAACUUAUUUUUAGUAACUUUUUUAUGAUUGGCCAUAGGGAAAACACAAGACCAGUUGUCUGUGGUACAACAUGGAUGGUACUUCCAAUUUUUAGGUGUAUUUUAACAUAUCUAUACCUUGUAAGAUUUUUUUUUUUUUGGUUAAAUUUCUUCCCUUUGUUGUUCCUGUCCUUUGGACUUAGAUAUUUUUUCUGAGGACCUUCUUGUCCUCAAGUGCAGUGAUAACAGGUGAGCGAUAUAGGGCCAUCAUGGCCCUCUUGUAUAAUAUAUUUGAUAUAAUCUUAUUUGAUGUUGUUGUUAUACAUGCCACUUGAUUAUAAGAUAGUGACUAAGUGUAUUUGUAGCCCAAACAUUUAGAAAACAGAUGUUUCUAUUAUUGUAUAUAACUGGUGCAUUCCAUAUUUUUUGAAAGAAGUAUAUCAAUUCUGUUCUCCAUAGUUUUUUUUGUCCUGCAUUUAUUUGUAAAAGCAGUUUUGAUCAACAGUAGUGUAUAAAUAGGUGAGUCCAGUAUUACCGGUAUGUGCUAGUGAAAUACCAUGUAACUUUAAAGGCUUCAUAGAACAAUUAACAUCAUAUUUUAUGGACAAAAUUUUAGACUGUUUGCCAACAUAUGCUAUAGAAUUGUUAUUUGGCAUAUGUGAAAAAAAAAGACACAAA